AAUUCAAAAUUUGCUGUAAACAAAAUUUAAGUCAAAAUGGGUAAACAGGUGGAAGAACAGAAGGUGCAUUUCAGUCAGAAGACGGACUACUCCCAUACCCUCGAAAGGAUGUGCGAAGAAUUUGAUAUAAAGUUCUCGUCCAACGUUCCCUCGCCAAUCAACGGAUUGGAUGACUACGAUAUUAAGGCCACUCUGGGAGCUGGCUCCUUUGGCAAGGUGCAGCUUGUCAAGGAUAGAAAAUCCGGGGCCUACUACGCCUCCAAGGAGCUGAACAAGGACCAGGUUAUAAAGUCCAAGCAGGUGGUACAUGUGAUGAACGAAAAGACAGUUCUGCGCUCAAUGUUGUUUCCCAACGUGGUGCAUCUUGUGGCUUCCUACAAGGACUUUGAUAACCUGUACCUUGUUCUGCCCCUCAUUGGAGGUGGCGAACUCUUCAAUUACCAUCGAAAGGUUCGCAAGUUCAGUGAGACCCAGGCUCGAUUCUACGCCGCCCAAAUCUUUUUGGCUCUAGAGUAUAUGCAUGCUUGCAAAUUACUCUACAGAGAUCUUAAACCCGAAAAUAUAAUGCUCGAUAAGAACGGUUAUAUUAAGGUCACAGACUUUGGAUUUGCCAAGAAGGUUGAGACCCGUACCAUGACAUUGUGUGGAACUCCGGAGUAUUUGCCGCCGGAGAUUAUUCAGUCGAAACCCUAUGGAUCCAGCGUCGACUGGUGGGCAUUUGGGGUGCUGGUCUAUGAGCUCGUCGCCGGAAACACACCCUUUUCCCCUUUUAAUCGCGAUGUGAUGAUCAUGUACAGCAAGAUUUGCGAAGCUGCGUACAAAAUACCCACCACCUUUAGUUCUCAGUUGCGUCAUCUAAUAGAUCAUCUCCUUCAGGUGGAUCUCUCUAAGCGCUACGGGAACCUAAAGAACGGCACUCGAGACAUCAAGGAGCAUGAAUGGUUCAAGGAGGUGGAAUGGAUACCGAUGCUCAAUCAGACACUAAAUGCUCCUUAUGUGCCUUACAUCAGCAAUCCGGAGGACAUCUCCAACUUUGAAAAAGUAGUCGAUAGGCCGCGCCCAAAGUCGAAGAUAAAUCGUCAUGAGGAAGUCUUUAAGGAUUUCUAACUGCCAUUGUCUCUGAAUCUCUGAUUCAGUUACGGAUGUUAUGAAAAUUCAAAUUCUCUGUACAUUGAGUUACG